GCUUCAGUCGCAGUUGAAUAUUUUCUCCCAGAUAGUUUUCAACAAAUCUGAUAGUAUGCUCAGGAUGUUGAGAAUUGCUGUAAUCUUGUCUAUCCUUGUAUCUCUGGCCCAGGCUGAAGAUGGAGUUGGAUGGAAAAUGAUGCAGAAAAUCCAUAAGUACAACUUGUUUUCCAGAUGCUGGGGAGACGACCUAAUGGUACAAUUUGCUGCAAAAAUAAAUAGAGCUAUCAAAUUCUGUGGUAGUGUUCAACCUCCUAUGUACGGAGGAAUGACACCGUUCCCUUUCCCUGCUGCCAUUGACAACAUUCAACUAGAAGCUCUCAGAGGUCUUCUCUCCAACCAUGCUCUUGUCACUCUUUUCAAAGGAAACCAGGCAAAUGCUUGGCAACCAUUCGGAAAUGGAUUUGGACGUAAGAAGAGAGCUCUCCUUGAUCCUACUUCUGAGGAUAAGGAAGAAUUCAUGAAUGAUGUUCUUGACUUUAAGACUGGUAUGGCCACCAAGAUGGGAAACAUGAGCUGUGUUCUUACUCAAGUAGAGAUGCUUGAUUCUGCAGGUAACAUCAACAUGAACUUUUAUAGCUUGGCUGCCAUGUCACCUACACUGGAGAAUUCUCCAGCCGGAUCUGAUCCUGAAUUCCUUCAAAUGCUGGUUGAUGGAUUUAAAGAUUGUCAUGAAAUCUCAAGUAGCUUUCCCCAGAAAGCACUGGACAGACAUCCCAACCCUAUGAUGAAGAAAUAUGGAAGACAUCACAUCUUCUUCAAGUGUGCCAUGAAGGUUGAAGAUCACUGCUGUACUCAAUUCCAUUUGAAGGAAUGGGUUGAAUUGAUGUACGGACCAAUCACACAGGAAAAAAUUGAAAAGUUUGGUCUACCUCAGAACAAGUAUGAUGCUGCAGAAAUAGUUAUAAAAGUUAUGCAUGAAUCCAUGAGCCCUGCUGAAGAGAAGGUUGAUGACUUCUUCUGGCAGUUCAGCAAGUAAACUUCGAUUUUAAUAUCCAAUGAUAGAGAUUCAUAUUAAUGUACUAAUUUUGUAAUAAAGCCAAAUAAUACUUGAUUUUUAAAUAACACUAA